CUCAACGAAUUUAAGACGAGAUGCUCUACACAUUUUGGCAUUUUCCUAAAUAAUUUGGGUUGACACCCAAUAGAUGUACGUAGCAGUGGGAAGGUAACUGAAACACAGAGAUAGCGUUGCAAUCCUACGAUUCACUGUUGCAUUUUAUUUCCGAUUAGUGGCGCAGAGGGCAGCAUAACUCGGCACUACUCAAAUUCAAUCUAACUGCAACAAUCAUAUGGACACACUAAACAUCUUAAAAAGCUCAGCCCUAGUAUUUACAACAACAAUGGAUGCUACUGUACCAUCACCAGCUCUUUACCUUCACCGCCAAAGGCGCAUUUCAACCGGUGUUGAGCCAGCCAAAUCUGUUACAAGCCAACGCCACUCACCUACAAAUUAUUCCAUAGAUUUCAUACUGGGAACAGACACUACGACAACUCCCAGUCCUUCCGGUUCGCCACGGGAUGGCAAUGCCGAGACAGCAGCCGUAUUUACGGGCGGGCGCAGCUGGAUGGAGUUCGCUCGAUGUCCCCGGGAGGAAGAGAGUAUGGACCGGGCGUCAAUUUACUCCUCACACGAACAACGUUCACGAUCUAAAGCAGGCUCAAUCGAUAUGAAGUUGAAACGACAAAACACCCGAGAAACGUUCGAAGACGAAACCCAAGAUUCUGAUGAUCUGUCUGAGACCGAGCCUUCAACAUCAUCGUGUACCAACGCAGACUACCCUACCGAUCAGAGGUCCCCAACAACCGGCGAAGAAGAGGACGACGAUGGUUGCCUGCUGGACGGCCCAAGUAAGACGGGACGUAAGAUCCGUCGUAGCCGGACCACUUUCACUACAUUUCAGUUGCAUCAACUCGAGAGGGCGUUUGAGAAGACCCAAUACCCGGACGUGUUCACACGAGAGGACUUGGCAAUGAGACUUGAACUAAGCGAAGCUCGUGUUCAGGUGUGGUUUCAGAACCGGAGAGCAAAAUGGCGCAAGAAGGAAAAAGUUCUAGGCCGGGACAGUCCGAUAGGUUUCUUUGGCCCACACCAUCCCGUUGAUUUCAUGGGUCCUUUCAGUGUGGACCCAACCCUUCCACGGUCUGCCGAGAGGCUGUCCGCUUGGGCACUUCACAGCGGCCACGUCGGUAGAGUUAACUCAGGACUUCUAUCCCAUGUACCACUUCAUCACGGUCUCGGACCCGUAGUCGGUGGUCAUUUCUUCGGCCAGUCUCUCCCCGGACAUCCCCCUAACCAUCUGCAUCCUCGACAGACCGCAGGGACUGGUUAUUGGUUGCCCAGACCGCCCCUCAUCACGGGCAGUAGUCCCUUGUAUCCCAUCAACUCCACCACACAACAUCAGCAACAGCAUCUGACAGUGCUACCCAACCUUCGCAUUCCAGCACCACCUCUAAGGAGCGAAACGAAGGAGCUUUCCCCACCCGUGAAGAAACCCAACUGUGCUGGUUGGCUGCCGCUGGACAAUCAUUCAUUAAAGAAACAGAGUAUCGACACGUUGAGAAACAAGGCCAAAAAUCAUAGCCAGCUGUCCACAACACCACCAAACAAUCAAAUAAUUAAACAUUGAUCAAACUUUUCCAGAUGUCAACUAAGUGCCUUCACUGCGUAUGAACCACGCAAAACAAACUAUAUAAAGGCAAAGUUUCACAGGACAUUAUGAAGAUAAGGUCGUUAAACGGUCCUUUUUUCUUCCUUGAAUUAAAAAAACUUUUGUUAGUGCAAUAUUACGAUUAAAUAGACAUUGAUACCAUGUUUAGCUAAGUUGUGAAUAUUAAAUACGUAUAUUUCAGAGAGACAGAUGAACAAUUAUUUUAAUGUGGGUAUAGUGACUAUAUUUUUAUCUGGAUGUUAUCUUGAGACCGGCACAUAAACUAUACAUGACCGCCACGUAACAAUCUGGUGGCCGCCACAUAACUAUCCAGCGACCGGCACAUAACUAUAUGGUGGCCGCCACAUAACUAUCUGGCGACUGCCACAUAUCUGGCGACCGUCACAUAAGUAUAUGAUCUGGUGACAGCCACGUGACUAUCCGGAGAUCGCCACAUAUCUUGUGGCCGCCACAUAACUAUAAGGUGGGCGCCACAAACUAUUCGUAGGCAGACCUAUGUUUACAUCCCGUGUCCAAUUUUGUUUUUCGCCUGGCACUAAAAAGGGCUUUCGUGCAUUUGCAGCUUCCAAUUUCAGGAUCUUUAACAAAUUUUAAGUUUAACUUGAAAUUACUGUUAAAGAACAGACCACUGUUAAACAAAUCACUUUUAUAUAUGAAUCACAAUGUAUAUAAGCAGCUGAACGAAUAUAAAUAUUAUCCUAUUAUGGACGAUAAUUUGUAUAAAUAAUUCAUUUUCAAUUGAUAAGAAUUGCUAAUAAGUACUCAAAACACAAUGUUGGCAACUAUUUGUUUUUGUUUUGUCAAAAUGAUCUUAUCUUUAAUUCAAUUGAAAUCAAAUAUGGAUUUUGAUCCGUGUUAAAUACAGUAUGCAACUCGGCUCCUUGCCGGUUGGUGCCUUGAGAAUAUCAAAUGAACUUAGUUGAAAGUACAUAUUAAACCAAAAUAUGAAGCCACUAUUGGUGAUUAAAUACUCAAAACAUUAUAGCAUAAAAACUUUCUUUGUAACGAGCCAUGGAGAGCUAUUUAUAUAGUAUUGUAAGAAACGGCUCAUUCUAUAGUGACGUAGUUUUCAAGAAAGACGUAAUUUGCCACGAAUUUGAUUUCGA